AUGACGAUUUGUCCAAUGGGAGAGGUGGCUUGGAUCAUAUCAUCAAUAAUGUUCUUUAUCGUCUCCUUUGCUUGCUCUAUUAAUGGAGGUUGUCUGAUUGGAGAGGAAUGUGCGUCAGACAAAGACUGCGGCGCUGGACUGUAUUGCUUUUCUUGCGCGCUUGGCCCUUCAAGAUGUGUGAGAUCAAUUUACACAGACCAAUUCAAGCUCCUGAACAACUCGUUACCAUUCAACAAAUACGCUUUCUUAACAACUCACAACUCUUUUGCCAUUCGCGGAGAGCCUCCCCACACUGGAAUUCCCCGAGUCACAAUUACUAAUCAAGAAGACACUGUAACCCAACAAUUAACCAACGGUGUUCGAGCUUUAAUGUUGGACACUUACGACUUCAAAGGAGAUGUCUGGUUGUGCCAUUCUUUUCAAGGAAAAUGCCAUGAUUUUACUGCUUUUGAACCUGCUAUAGACACUUUGAAAGAAGUAGAGGCUUUCUUGGCAGCAAAUCCAUCAGAAAUUGUGACAUUAAUCCUAGAGGAUUAUGUUAAAACCCCAAAUGGGUUGACCAAAGUUUUCAAGGAUUCGGGGUUGAUGAAGUACUGGUUUCCUGUUUCCAAAAUGCCUCAAAAUGGUGAAGACUGGCCUCUUGUCAAAGACAUGAUUGCAAAUAAUCACCGCCUCAUCGUCUUCACCUCAGCUCGUGCCAAGCAACAAACCGAGGGAAUCGCUUACCAGUGGAAUUACAUGGUUGAAAAUCACUAUGGGUCUCAAGGAGAGGAAUCGGGGAGUUGCAGUAACCGGGAAGAAUCAGCGGGAUUGAACGACAAGAGCAAAUCACUGGUGCUGGUAAAUCACUUCAAAACAAUUCCAGUAAAGGAGUUGAGUUGUAUAGACAAUUCAGAAGACCUUAAUGAUAUGCUCAAAACUUGUUUUGCUGCUGCGGGCAACAGAUGGGCUAAUUUUGUAGCUGUGGAUUAUUACAAGAGAAGUGAUGGAGGAGGAGCAUUUCGAGCUUUGGAUAUGCUGAACGGUCAGCUGCAAUGCGGCCGCGAUGAUGUACAUGACUGUGUGCUGGGAUCAUCAGAGAAAUGCUCUCCAUAACAAUGAUAUCAAUAUACAUAUAUAUAUAUAUAUAUGCCAGCAUGAUGUAUGAACUGGGUUAAGUCCAAUAUGAUAAUGCAAGUUCCAAAUUCUUAUAAUUGAAA